AUGGGCGCGCCACCUUCAAAACUUUUGGCAGAUGUGGUGCCUGUCAACAGCAUGUCACCCAGUUUUCCAGGUAGCCACGAGGCGACCUAUUGCUUGUGUACAAGUGGCGGUGGAUGCCGUGCUUUCACGCACACCCUGGGUGUCUACCGGGCCUUGCAUCACAUGGGAGUCAUGGGCAAGCUUGACGCAAUCAGCUCGGUUUCCGGAGGUACGUGGGCAUCCUCCGUGUACAUGUUCGGCAAGGAAUUUCACGGCAAGCCUAUUGACACUGAGAGGAUGCUCGGCGAUCCAACCACACCGUCUGAAUUGACCCUGGCGAAACUCCGAGAGGAGGUGGCGCCCUUUGCAUGGGGCUUGGCCCACGAGAAUGCCCAGGGCCGCGUGCAGGAAUUUGUGGGGAGAGUUAGCGACAAGGAUAUGUGGAAGAGGGCGGUGUCCAAGCUCGUGCUGGAGCCUUUUGGCUUGGGCAACAUGGACAGCUACAUGGCGCAGAACGCUGUGGACGUUGAGCGCAUCAAAGCCGAGAACCCGGGACUGAAAGAUGCCGUCUUCCAAACGCCUCGCGCAGACCGACCACCGCUGUUCGUGAUGAACGGGGCCUUGCUGGCACCAACCGGGUACAAGGUUGACGAGGACAACAUCGUGUCAUUCCAGAUGAGCCCCGACUACACUGGGAGCCCCUUCUUCCCCAUGGACUGCGAGCUGGGCUACUCGCUGGCUCCCCUCUGCCUUCGGCCCUGGCCUUGCCGAUGCGCCUUGAAGACAACCGUGGGGGGUGGCAUGGUGGAGACUUUUGCCUUUGGUGGCACGGCUCCUGAGGGAGGUGUGCCAGGUACGCAGGGAAAGCUGCCGGUGGGGGCCCCCAGCAAGCCUUUCUCGUUAACCACGGCCGUGGCGAUAAGCAGUUUCGCGCCAGCUGUCUUUGCAGCAUACUCCUACUUCACCGCUUGCACGUUUAACAUCCAUGGGCAGUACUGGCCGGUGGCUGGGGGCAAGCGUCCGGCAGGUGCCAAAGCUCGUGAGUUCCAAUUUGGCGAUGGUGGCAACCUUGACAACUCUGGCCUACUGCCACUUCUGCAGCGUCAGGCAAAGAAUGUGAUCUGGAUCGCAAGCAGUUCGGACCCUCUCAGCCAGACAUAUGAUUUUGAGAAUGCCACGCAGCACGAUUUCGACCCUGUCGUGGCUGGCGUUGUUGGCCAGCUCUACAGCGCAUUCGGCUAUGCCCAGAGAGAUCCAUGGGGCUGCUACUACGGCAACAACCAAGUCUUCAAGAAGUCUGCGCUCUUGGGUGUUGUCCAGAAGCUUGCAAAGCUCAAAGCCGAGGGCAGGCCUUCCGUGAUCAAGGAGAAGCUGGAGGUGAUUCCAAACUACUUUUGGGGCAUCGUGGGUGGCUACGAGAUAAAUUUGGUCCUGAUCUACCUGGAUGUCUCCAUGGGCUUCCAGCAACAGCUGCCGGAGGAGACUCAGCAGGAGAUCGCCAAAGGAGAUGAGGGCACCUUUGCCAACUUUCCAGUCUAUGACACGACCAACAACAACGCGAGCCUCACUUUGGGCUUGACAGGGCCGCAGGUAAAUUUGCUGGCCGCGCAAGGUGAGUACGCCGUCAGGCAGAAUGCCGACCUCAUCAAGGAGCUCAUGGGCAAACGGCUCUCCUAA